AUGUAUACUCUAACAACUUUCUGGAAGUUCUUAAACUUCUGCGUCUUUCUGCUCGUGGCACCCGCCAUCGCCCAACUCGACCAGAUCCCACAAUGCGCUCUUACUUGUGGUAUAUCAGCUCUACAAGGCACGGAUUGCGACGCGAUGGACAUUGCAUGUAUAUGCCAAAGAAAUGAGUUCAUAGGAAAUCUUGCACCUUGCGCUCAGGAAACCUGCACAGAAUCAGAAGUAGACCGAACGAUCCGAGCGGCUCAGCAGUUAUGCGCAAGCGCCGGCGUUACUUUGUUUAUCCCUCCAACUCCAACUGCUAGAGGAAACUCAACUUCAUCCAGUACCACCCUUGCGUCGGUAACAUUUACAACUGUUAGUAGCUCUGAGCCACUGACUACCCAAACUACUUCCCGAACGACAAUGACGACAACUGGGAGGGGGACCACCGGCCAGCCAAAUCCUAGUUCAACCCCUCCGGCCAACAAUACAUCCACCCCAGGUCUAGUUUCAAAUAGUGGUUCUUCUUUAAGUACUGGGGCUAUCGCAGGGAUUGCAGUUGGGGUGGGGGCACUUGUAAUAGCCUUGAUAGUUUGUUUGUAUGUGAUCUAUAGACUGAAGAGUCAGAAAAAAACUGUGCCCGUGGCGACAUCCAAUGGAAGCACAACGGAUCAAUUGGGUGGAAUUGGGCCGGAUAACGAUCUGCCCGGGCAGCUCGUUACGGGAGGAAGGGGUUGA